ACGCCUGCCUCCGUAUAGUAUAAUAAAAGGCCUGGCGCGAUGGGCAAAAAACCGCCCGCAAAUGUUUUCAGCAACAUUUUAAUCACCACUGCCGCUCUCUGCUAUUUUUUCUGUGAUCUUGUUAGCGCUUACAACGUAAAGAGAAGCAAAUAUGUAGCCACAAAAAAUUAAAUGGUGGCAGCUAAAGAGCAAGAGUUUAAUUUCGCGUGACGUCAAAUUAGUGAUAAAAUUGAAAUCUGCGCUUGAUCUAUUUAUUGCGCGAUGGGGAGUGCCUGGCAGCACCUCGUUAUUUUCGCUUCGAUUUAAUCAGAAAAGCGUCCAUAGAGUCGUAUAAUAAUAAAAAGUUGUACCCUUGCUCGGCCGUUUGCUUUUUUUUCAUUUUUAAUUGGAUUACAAUCAGACUGGUGUCUGGCCAGAGUGCGCGAUUCCUUGAACGCAGAUCAGGUCGCCCGUCGCAGUGCGUUCCCACUCUGCGGCGGGAGAGCAAGUCGAGAGUCGAGUCGACGACGACUUCGAGCAGAGAGCUGCUUUUUUGCACUUCAAUUGAGAGAAAAGGUCGCACGGGGCUGAGAGAUGCCGCGGCCGGCCAAGCAUAAUGUUGCUCCUCUUGCUCACUGCUGCAUAUCUGGCCAUCUUCUGCGUCGCCUGCGUCUCUCCGCAAUCUAGUAAUGGCUGGUCUGCAUACACCGCUGCACCUCCCGACGAACUGCUCAAUUUAUGGAUCGACAGUCGACAGGUCAAGAUGUUCAGUGCCAUCUCCAUGGACAUUUACGCGAUCAGAGACGAGAUCAUCUCGCCCUACAUUCUCGAUCCCAGGUUUGAGGAGUAUUUGCCUAUAAUUCCUUCUGAGUUUGCCUACGUGAAUUUCACUUGGCAGUCUGGCGUGAGGAAGUACGUAUACCACUUCGACAAACUCGAGUCGCAUAAUGAGCAGAUUUUAGAGGUCCCGCAGAUUUCUAUACCCAUCAAAGGCCGUAUACCAAAAAGACCUAAAGUAUUCAGUGUGAAGCUUCCAUGUUCGGGACAUGGUUGGGGCAUCGCCAGAUUCAGCAUUGGUCUAAAAAUUGAGCCUCGAAAAUCGAAACCAAGCGAGGGAAUGUCCCUGAGGGUAACCUUGAGGAAGGAGUGCGCCCAAAGAGUUGUGGGCGCAGGGCCUGACCAAGAGUGCGACAAAAAGUGUGCCAACGAUGGGUGGUGCAAUGAUGAUAAGAUUUGCCAGUGCAAAGAAGGCUACGUGGGACAGCAUUGCCAGACGGCGCUUUGCUACCCACAGUGCAUGAACGGAGGCAAUUGCACUGCUCCUGGCAUCUGCAGCUGCACUUACGGCUUCCAAGGACGGCACUGUGAAGGCGGAAUUUGCUUUGAAAAAUGCCUCAAUGGAGGAAAGUGCAUUCAGAAGGACACUUGCGAGUGCACCAAAGGGUAUUAUGGACUGCGAUGUGAAUUUUCUCGCUGCAUUAUUCCCUGUCUGAAUGGAGGGCGGUGCAAAGGCGUUAACAAAUGCCGCUGUCCGCAAGGCUAUGGAGGAGACCACUGCGAAAUCAUCUACGGCACGAGAUUCACGUCUAAAAGGAACUCCAAGAGGAACCACGGAAGCAGAAACGCAAGAGGGCACAACAGGAAUUAAAAAAAUAAAUAUUUUAGAUGUAGCCUGUGAUAUAUUUAAAAUAAAUUGUAAUUUUCAAAAUCAAAUUAUGCAAUCAAUAAAA